AUGUCGCACGCGAGCGGCCCACGCUGGGCCAGUCCGGAGCGCGAGUUGGUACCUGUGUGCCGUACUUGUACCUCCUACGGGCACGAUAUUAUAUUCUCCGCAGAAACAAAGUCGCUCGUCCCACGCAGCCGCUUGUGUAACCGUGCUAAAAGGCGCAGGCUCGAUAGCCGGGCUAUGGGGAUUCGAACCUCAGGUGCUAAUGUCGGCACAGAGCGUCUGCGAGCGCGCGGCGGCCGACGCGAGUCGACGGGUGUCAUUGGCGCGGAGGAUGGACGGUGUCAACGUCGUGACCUUGAUCAGAUCCGACUCACCGCGAGGCACAGGCAAGGUAUCACCAUCUGCGCGGAGCAGCAGCGAAGGCAACAGUACCCGGUACUCGCCGUUGCACAUUGUGCCAGGAGCUUUGCGCAGCAGCCGCGUCGUCGCGGUACAAGGACAAGUACGGGGUACAUGCGGCAUCUGCCUGGCUCCUUCGCCAGGGCGCCCUCCGUGCUCCGUCCAUCAUCACCACCAUCAUCAUCGUCAUCGUCAUUAUCAGACUCCCCCAGCUGCCUGCCCAGAUUCAAAUGCCUGGAGAUCAGCUGUGGCCCCAGCUUCUGCCCUGGAUCGUCCGCUAGCUUCCACAGCGCUACUGGCUCACUGUCCCUGGACGUGAACCGCUCUAGUUCUGGACCGUCUCCGACCUUGUUGUUGAGGCUGGCAUUGGCCCUGAGCCGCUUCUCUCUCAGUCAGCACCGUCGAGGUACGGCGCUGCCAGGGGUCCUAGCAGUCUCUGCCGCAGCAGGCGACAGUUUUCGUCGCAGCGCCAGGGGAGCGAUGGACGACGCCCUGGGCUGGGCCGCUAGUAGAGAGACGCCAUCUGGGAGCUUCCACGAGCUGCAUCAGCAUCAGCACCCUGUUGCUGAGCUGAUAACAUGA